ACAGAUUCCGCCAUAUUUGUUUUUCUUCGCCGUCUGGAAAAUUGAGUUGCAGACGAUUAAAUUUUCUCCAAUUUUUGCCUCCGUGGAAGCGUAUCCGGCGGGAAGAAGCAAACAAGACCCGCUGCCCAAGUGCCAUAGCGUCCCCACGUCUCGCUUUGAGGAGAAGAAACGCCGGCAAAAUGCUGAAAAGCGGGUUCGCCGUCCUGUCGGGACUGUUACUUGUGUUUCUGGUGCCUGGUGCCUUGGGGAACACAUACCCUGCACAUGUGACAUACCCUGCACAUGUAGGGUUAAACUUCAUGUAUCGGCUGGACAGAGAGAUCUACACAGUCAUACUCAAGCCUGACAGCACUGGUGAUGUGGACCCUAUUGUGUACACUCCCACCCUGAAAGGACACCCAGGCCUGCCAGACUGGCUCCAUUUCAUCCAGAGGAACAGCACAACUGACGGAUUCCUGUACGGUACACCCACUAAGGAUGACCUGGCACCUGUCGAUAUUGAGAUUGUUGCUUUCAACAAGAACACAUUUGAGACCAACACUACCACUAUCACCAUUGAUGUACAGGACAACAACCCCCUUCCUAAGCAGGUCCAGUUCAUGGUAGAGAACAAGAACGUGGAAGAGUUUUUCUACGGCAACACGCGGGCCCGUUUUCUGCGAGACGUGCGUCGUGUUUGGGACAUCAGACCACAAGAAGUCUUCAUCACAAAGGUGGUAUCAGCUCUGGACAUGGGGCAUCGUAACCCCCUCCCCCUUCCUGAUUUAUAUGAAGGCAAUUGGCCCGUGUGUAGUGGUAGAUAUUUCUACAGGAAGUCUAUGGAUCUGAUCAGAAACGCUCCUGCACAUUGCGGUUUUCCUGGGUGGGUGUACAUUCACGUUGGUUCAGAACGUGAUUACUCGUAUCAGUUGGAGGAGGCCGCGAGACAGGUGGAGGUUUGCGAGCGUAACCCGGGAAUCCAGCCCGCCGUUUCUAUCGAUAGCAAUAUUCGCAACUUCGACAUCAACUGGUGCAUGUUCAGACUGUUUUCCCCAGAGGAACUGGCUACACCCGCUCCUGUUGCAGCAGGAGAAGGUGUGCUGGGAGGAGUGUACACGCCCCGUGAGCUGACCGACACGGGAAGAGACUUAACCCUGUACUUCAUCCUCAUCAUCAUCAUCCCCUGUAUCAUCCUCAUUGUGCUCCUCCUACUCCUCACUUACAUCAUGUGUGGACGCAGGCAGGGCGUUCAGAAGCGAGACCAGGCCACGCCGGCUAUCCAGCUGACCCACCACGCCUCCAUCCGCGAGGCCAGUAAGGAGCUGAGGGACCUGUCUCAGAAACGGGACAUCAAGCCGCGCUCCACCCUGCCCAUGUUUAACGCUGCCAGCCCGCACAGGGGCGACGAAGGGACACCACUCACCAGGGCUCCACAAGAACCUGCUGACGAGAACCCGCGCGCUCCGCCGCCAUACCGCCUCCCGCCAGACUUCCCUAACCAAGAAGAGUCCAGCUUUAUAAAUUCUCCACCACGCGACAACUCUCGUAGCAACGUCAGCCAACCGGGAGGCUCGAGUAACGCUUCGCCGUCUCUCCAGCGUCGUCCGCCACCAUUCAUGCGCAGCGGAGAGCAGAUCCAGGGCCGCAAUCAACCAGGCGACCGUGGAAGGCCUGGGGUUCGAGAGUUCACAGCCUAGACCUGUGGACACUGGUUCAAAUCCCAGCUACACACUAUAGCCACAUAUUGUAUCCAGUAAAACUACGUGAACAUGUAACUUUUAAACUCCUCAGAAUAACUGAAAGGCUACAGGUAUUAUCAACCCAGGUAGUUUGAUAAGAACCAAUGAGUAGUUCACAAAGGAGAAAUACAUGUUCUUAUUAUAUAACACCUAAGGCCACACCAAUUUAAUUUCUUGGUUAACGGAUUUUUCUAGAAAAAUAAUGGAGCGGGCGGGCGAAAAAAAUAAAAAAU